AUUGGCUGGGACUGUGUGCGGGGAAAUUUUCCAAAGGGCUCCUACUGAUUGACUUGGGGGACCUGCGAACUUCGUUGAUGAUCUGACAUGGACGAUUCCACCGCCCCUGUUACGCCCACUAGCCUGGCAAGGCAAAUCAAAAACCCACUAUCUAUUCGAUUAUCACAUAUAUACAACACAGUACUUCACAACAGCGACAAAACCAAGAAUGCUUUGACCACCUUGUCCCAAAUACCCAAUCUUCAGCAUCAAGAUUUGGACAAGAAUCUACGCGGUGUCCUUGAGCGGAACGCUCUCGAAGCCAAUCAACGAUUCCUUCUAGCUUUCUCCAAGCUUGACGAGCAUCUGCUUAUCCUGGAGAACGACGUUAACGAAAUGCAAGCCAGCAACGACGCUAUGACUCAACAACUGACGGAGGUGAACAAAGAUUCGUCACUGCUCAUUGAACAAGUGACGAGCUUGCAAAAUAGAAGAUCUGCGUGUGAUAUACAGCGUAUCAUCAUCGAUUCAUUCUUGAGCACGUUUAUGCUCACAGAUCAAGAGAUUGAGAUCUUGUGCUCACCCUCUGCGCCGGUCGAUGCCCAGUUCUUCAAAGCAUUAGACCACUUGCAGCAAGUUCAUUCAGAUUGUCGCUUGCUGCUUAUGACCGAGCACCAACAAGCAGGUUUAGAUAUCCUGGAAUCGCUCGCUGGACACCAGGAAACAGCGUACGAAAAGCUAUACAAAUGGACUCAGCGGGAGUGCCAAUCGUCAUUCAACAGAGAAUUUCUAGAAAUCAGCUCUUUGAUGAAAAGGGCAACCAAAGCAUUGAAGCAUAAGCCAGUUCUAUUCCAAGCUUGCUUGGAAGACAUGGCCAAUAUCCGGAGAAACUCAGUCACACGAGCCUUUAUAGAUGCCUUGACUCGAGGUGGCCCUGGUGGAACUCCACGACCCAUUGAAUUGCAAGCUCAUGAUCCCAUUCGUUAUAUCGGUGACAUGCUGGCUUGGGUCCAUCAAGCUGCAGCAAGUGAACGAGAAAUUCUUGAAGGCCUUUUCGAUGUUGAAGGACAGCGAGGUUACAAACGUAGCGUUAGUCAAGGAGACAUUAAGUCAUCUACCGAUGGACCCAACAAUUUGGCAGUGGACCAACAUAUUGAUGAAACUAUCACUGGAUUGUUGGGUCGCAUCAUGGAUGGAACAUGUAGGCCAUUGAAGUCAAGGAUAGAACAAGUCUUGAUUUCUCAACCUGGAGCCAUCACAUCGUACAAGAUAGCGAAUAUCAUUCAAUUUUAUACCAUCACCAUUGGAAAACUAUUCUCAAGUAGCGCGAGUUUACCGGAAUUACUUCAUAGUAUCACAGAUGUUGCUUUUAAAACUUUCUAUGGAAUCCUCAACGCACAAGCAAACAAAUUGCUUCGAUUUUCAGAGAAACCUGGAAAUGACCUUAUGCCACCUUCUUCUUUCAAAGAAGUUGUCUUGCAAUUGAAAGAGAUUAUGGCGUCGUACGAUUCUUCUCUGAUCAUCGUAUCUGGUGCAACUGCAGUAGCAGGAACAGAUUUCCGCGAGACUUUGGACGCCAUGAUCGACCCACUUCUACAGAUAUGCGACAUUGGUGCUGAAAAGCUGUCAGAUUACGAUCGUUUAGUGUAUAAGGCAAACUGCCUUCAGUAUGUCAGGUCGGCAUUGAUACUGUACGCUUUUACAGAGAUCAAGCGACAAUCACUAGAAAAACAUAUUAAUGAGCUUCUGGAAUCGCUUACAGACAAAGAAUAUCAAUUGCUCCUCCAACAAUCCGGAUUAGAUGCAGUAGACUCCGCUAUAAAGUCAAAGGAUAUUAAUGUGCCUUUGUCAAGUUUGGAGGGUAUGGAUGCUCGUGCUUUGGGAGAGUCUAUGGCUCAUCUCGAUCGAUUUUUGACCACCAUUGAUGGCGAUAUACCAUCUCGGCUGACCAAGCUGUCUUCUUCACGACUUGCACGGCAAGUUCAUGGCAACGCUAUCAAACAAUUUAUUGACGCGUAUAGACAUAUUAUUCAAGCUGUCAGCGACCCAUCGAAUGGAUAUGAAUUCCCUGCUUCGAUUUUACCUCGCACAGUAGAAGAAAUAGAAACCAUCUUUUCCUUCGCAACAGAAUGAAAGGUUCCUGACUUUCGAUGUACAUCCAAUUUAGUAAAUUUACAUCCCCUAAUGUAUUUAUAUCUCUAACGUGA